AAUUAUGAAGUAUAUUAAAUCUUGAGUUUUUACCGCAAAAAAAAUAAAUAAAUUAAUUAAUUAAUUAAUUAAACUAGAGAAUUCGUUUAAAAAAUAUUAAAGAAGGUUAUAAAUAUAGUGGUAAAAAUGCCUACACCACCGGCAGGUAUUGAAGAUCAUCGACAAUUACCAGACUGGUCAAUUGUGGUUGAUUCAAAUUCACAAGCAAAUGAAUCCGAAUUACCAAUUGAUAUGCGGUUUAAUGAUGGGCAUAUGUUAUCAAUUAUUGUGUAUAGUAUAUUAAUGGUAAUAUCGGCAACUGGUAAUAUUACGGUGUUAGUUUUAAUAUUACAACGGCGUAAGAAGACUCGAUCCAGAAUUAAUAUGAUGUUAAUGCAUUUGGCGAUUGCUGAUUUAAUUGUUACUUUUCUUAUGAUGCCACUGGAAAUUGGUUGGGCGAUAACAGUGUCAUGGAAAGCAGGUGAUGCCAUGUGCCGUAUAAUGGCAUUCUUUCGAAUGUUUGGUUUAUAUCUAUCCAGUUUCAUUUUAGUAUGCAUUAGUGUCGAUAGAUAUUAUGCGGUCUUAAAGCCCAUGAAUUUUUCUGGCAUCGACACCCGCGGAAAGUGGAUGGUAGUUGGUGCAUGGAUUGCCUCAACAGUUUGUAGUGCUCCCCAGAUGGUUGUUUUUCGUGUCGCACAACAUCCAAAUGUAACAUGGUACAAGCAAUGCAUCACGUAUGGUUCUUUUCCAACGUACGCACAUGAAUUAACAUAUUCGGUAUUCGGUAUGGUUGUCAUGUAUGGAAUACCAUUGAGCGUUAUUAUAUACACAUAUUCAUCGAUAUUAUUGGAAAUAUUUCGAAGAUCACGUGAAGGUACUGAAGGCAAUGAUACUAUAAGAAGAUCCAGUUUAGGAUAUUUGGGUCGUGCCAAAAUACGAACAUUAAAAAUGACAAUUAUAAUUGUUUUAGUAUUUUUUAUAUGUUGGACACCAUAUUAUGUUAUGGCGUUAUGGUAUUGGUUGGAUCGCGAAUCAGCAUUAAAAGUUGAUCAACGUGUACAGAAAUGUUUAUUUUUAUUCGCAUGUACGAAUUCAUGUAUGAACCCAAUUGUAUAUGGUGCAUUUAAUAUACGUGCAAGACGUGGUUCACGUGGCCAGGUGAGAGAUCGUGCAUAUACUACUGCUUCUGUUACACGUGAAUUAAAUUAUUCCGAAACAAAUGGUUCAACAACGACACGGCAUACGACCUUACAUACUUCAUUAUCAUUGUCGUUACGUGUUGUCGAAUGACAGACAUCUUCUACCAAAGUAGUUGAUGUGUAGAAAAUGAUUUGUUGUUUCUUUCGAUGUUUUUUAUUUUUAUUUUUUAUUAUUGUGCAAAGAAUAAGAGAGGAGCUUUUAUUCAAUUUGUGUGUAUGUGUGUGCAGAAAAUACAGAAAGCUCACAUUCUUACUUUGUUAUUUUAAGAUGCUUUUUAUGCAAGUUUUGUUUUCACAUGCAAAUGGAAUCGAUGUAAAUUUUUGUUUUUUUAAGUUGCACAAAGAAAAAUAUUGGUAUAGACAUAAUACAGAAUGAUUCAAAAAUUGUCUUAUAUUCUAUACACUCUGAGAUCGUGCAGCUGUACCAAUCAAAUGAGAGAAGAGCGGGAACUCUUCUCUUAAUUAUAAUGCACCGGAAUGGUCAAUUUUCUCAAAACAGAUAUCAAAAAUUCUUUCAUGUGAUAGGUCUCUCAAUGUAGAUAUGUUUAAGUGAUAUCAAUUCAAUAGAUCAUAAACAUAAAUUUAUCUUUUUUGCAUAACUUAUCCGAGGAGUCACAAUUAUUUUUUUAAAUUUAUUUUGCGUCCUGAAAGUGAUUUGUUUGAAUUAAGGAUGUUAGAACCCACGCAGGCUUAGGAUUAUGAUGAAUUUUGAAUCUUCUGUAUUUUAAGGCAUGCUAUUUAAAAGUAGUAAGAAUUUAGACUGGCAAGCCAAUGGCACUUAAAAUUAUCUAGAAAACUGAAAUUGAUACAUUUAAAAAUUGUAAAAGAUUGGCACUAAUUUUCAAUUCCUAAUAUUUGUAAUAAAGACAGAGGGCUAAAAUUAGCUCAUGGUCGUAAAUAAAAAAGUAAAAGAGAAAUUAAACUUUAAGGAAGGAACGAAAGAGAUAAUUUUUAUAAAGAACAACGUUCUAAUUUUUUUUCUUCUAUCUCUUACCUCCCUUUGCCUGGGAGAAAUGGUGGAAAUUGGAGUCAAUCUUUAUCUUUUACAACAAAAAUGUAUCAAUGGAAUAUCAAUGUAAGUUAUAAGUCAAUUAUUAC